UCAUCACCUCCACCCAAACGCCACCGCUAGGAUCGAUCGAACACCAUGGCGAAGAAGAAGACGUCGUCGUCCAUGGCGAGAUCGCAGCUGGCGGCGCUGCUCAUCUCCCUGUGCUUCCUCUCCCUCGCGUCGAACGCCGUUGGGUGGAGCAGGAGAGGGGAGCGGGAGGAGGAGGACGAACGGCGGCGCCACGGCGGCGAGGGCGGGAGGCCGUACCACUUAGGGGAGGAGAGCUUCCGGCACUGGACGAGGACGCGGCACGGGCGGUUCAGCGUGCUGGAGAGGUUCCCCGACGAGCAGGUGGUGGGCGCCGCCGUCGGGGGGUACCGCGUCGCCGUGCUGGAGGCGGCGCCGCGCGCGUUCCUGCAGCCCAGCCACUACGACGCCGACGAGGUGUUCUACGUCAAGGAGGGCGAGGGCGUGAUCGUGCUGCUGCGUGAGGGGAGGAGGGAGUCGUUCUGCGUGAGGGAGGGCGACGCCAUGGUCAUCCCCGCCGGCGCCAUCGUCUACUCCGCCAACACACACAGCUCCAAGUGGUUCCGCGUCGUCAUGCUGCUCAACCCCGUCUCCACUCCCGGCCACUUCGAGGAAUACUUCCCCGUCGGCGGCGACCGGCCGGAGUCGUUCUUCAGCGCGUUUAGCGACGACGUUCUGCAGGCGGCGUUCAACACUCGCCGGGAAGAAUUGGAGAAGGUGUUCGAGAGGCAGCGGGAGGGCGGCGAGAUCACGACGGCGCCGGAGGAGCAGAUACGGGAGCUGAGCAAGUCGUGCUCCCGCGGCGGCGGCGGCGGCUCGGGUUCUGAGUGGGAAAUCAAGCCGUCCAGCCUCACCGGCAAGAGUCCGUACUUCUCCAACAACCACGGCAAGCUGUUCGAGCUCACCGGCGACGAGUGCCGCCACCUCAAGAAGCUCGACCUGCAGAUCGGCCUCGCCAACAUCACCCGCGGCUCGAUGAUUGCGCCGAACUACAACACCCGCGCCACCAAGCUCGCCGUCGUCCUGCAGGGCAGCGGCUACUUUGAGAUGGCGUGCCCACACGUGUCCGGCGGCGGCUCGUCGGAGCGCCGGGAGCGCGAGCGCGAGCACGGGAGGAGGAGGGAGGAGGAACAGGGAGAGGAGGAGCACGGCGAGCGCGGGGAGAAGGCGAGGAGGUACCACAAGGUGAGGGCGCAGGUUCGGGAGGAGUCGGUGAUCGUGAUCCCCGCGUCGCACCCGGCGACGAUCGUCGCCAGCGAGGGCGAGAGCCUCGCCGUCGUCUGCUUCUUCGUCGGCGCCAACCACGACGAGAAGGUGUUCCUCGCCGGCAGGAACAGCCCGCUGAGGCAGCUCGACGACCCGGCCAAGAAGCUCGUGUUCGGCGGCUCCGCGGCGAGGGAAGCGGACCGCGUGCUCGCCGCGCAGCCGGAGCAGAUCUUGCUGCGCGGCCCGCACGGCCGCGGCAGCGUCUCCGACAUGUAACGCGACGCGACGACGUCCCCUGCACCCGGCGCGCGUACGCCGAGCAGCUGUGUGAUCGAGAGGAAUAAGUUGGUACACGUAGGCCACGCGUCGUGUACAGUACAAAAUACGGUACCGUACUGCGUGUACGUGUAGCCAAGGGGACGUACGCUUUAUGUAUAUAUCGUAUCUAUGUAUUAACGUAUGCGUAUUAGCUGAGGUAUGUAUCGAUGGAACUGUAUGAACCCAAGUACGGAGUGCUAUAUUACUAAUGCAGAGUACGUUCUGCUACUAAUUAA